AUGAACCAUGUCCCUCACUGGAACACCACUUACCAAACAAACUCUCAGCACCAUUCAUUCAACGCAGAAGGAAAUAUCCCACAUACCAUCCCAACUAGGUAUAUAUACACCACUCUGGUUGCUUUACUACCAAUUCAAAUCAUCACAUCCCCAAGUAGCAAAGCUUACCUUGUUUAACAAGUCCUUUGAGAUCAUCUGUUUGUUUCAAUUAUCUAAGAAAUAUGGGUUUCCGUUUGCCUAGUGUUGUUCCUGCUAAGAUACUUAAACGGUCUCUUUCAAGCUCAAAGAGAAGAGACUCAAUUGCAGUUGAUGUCCCAAAAGGCCAUUUGGCAAUUUAUGUUGGAAAGACAGAAAAGAAGCGGUUUGUGAUUGCUGUGUCAGUCCUAAACCAGCCUUCAUUUCAAGACUUGCUAAUUCAGGCUGAAGAAGAAUUUGGAUUUGAACAUCCAAUGGGUGCUCUAACAAUUCCCUGCAGUGAAGAUGCAUUUGUUGAUCUUUUUUCUAGCCUGAAUCUGUUCUGAGAGUGGCAACUGACAGGAAUUUUACUAGAUUCAACAGUAACAAUUUUGUAAAGCAGAGAUUUCCAAUACCAUGUUGGACAUUUUUUUUCUUCUCUUUCUUCUGUGGAGCAGAAAAAAGCGCCCGUGAAUGAGAAAUGUAUAGAAAGAAAAUAUUGUGAUUCUUACUGUGACUUUGUUUUUAAUGCAUAAUCAAAUUAGAAAUUUCAAUGAGUUGAACA